CGCAGCGAUGUCGCUGAAGCGGCGAAGCAGCACCCCGCCGACGCGCGUUCGCGACUUUCCUCUUCUCGUCGAAAAGUCCAAGGGAGACAAAGACAAGAUGGUGGUGCAUCUCCAUGUGAUUGUGCUCGACAUGGAUGACCUGCAGACGACAACAUCGGCGUACGUGUCGGUACUGAUUGCCGACGACACUGCAGCUGCGACGCUUCUGCUGAAGCGGUCACUCGCACAGUGCUUGAACUUUGGCGACAUCCUGAGCAUCGAAAACGCAGCAUUGAUCUUCCACAACACCCACUUGGUCGUGAGUCUGUCAUCUGCAGGUCGCCUGGAACGAGUGGGGGAAUUCACCAUGGUGUUCAAGGAGAACCCCAACGUGAGCAACUACGUGUACACGAAGGACCCGUCUGGGCUCAUGGUGUUAGAUCGACGACCAAAGCCACCACAGCCACGGUAAAGGUUUUCCACCCUCCGGGACGCACUUCGCCUUUGCAUCGGCACGACAUACAACACACGAAUUCAUAUACUCAAUGCCAAGCCGUCAAAUUCAUUUUUCUCUCUUCCAACGUGCCACACUAGCCGCGACAGUCCAACUCGACUAUCAACCGCCCAUGAUUCGCCGUGUGUGAAGGCGUGCUCGAUGCAGAGUCAUGGAAUAUGGCCACAGUCGUUGGGGCGAGUCCGGUGGCCUUGAAAGUCUGCUUACGUCGCCCAAGCGAGGUGCAAUAUCUCGCCUCGAUCGUUUGCACCACC